CUCCGCUGCGGACUCUCCCCGGGGACCCGCAGGUGUCGCUGCCCCCUGGGCCUGCGCUAGCCGCAGGCCCCUGACCCACCCACCGCACCCCGGAGCCGGCAUUUCCUGCUUCCUGCGUCGUCGUAGGGCCGCAGCUGUGCAGGAGCUGGGGAGCGCGCAGCCGUAGGCAGGGUGACCUGCAUGCCGAACGCGGCCCCCCCGCCAUGGACCCGGAGCCCGGCGGCGCAGCCGCGUGGUGCUCUACCCCGAGGCGUCGCGCAGGUGCCGGCCGCGUGCGGAGCGCCAGAGCCGCGCGCAGCGCUGCCUGCUGCUGCUCGUGGCCAUCGUGGGCUUCCAGGUGUUGAACGCCAUCGAGAACCUGGACGACAACGCGCAGCGUUACGACCUCGACGGGCUGGAGAAGGCGCUGCAGCGCGCCGUGUUCGGGCAGCCUGCCGCUGUGAGCCGCAUUAUGGCGCUGCUGCGGGACUACCUGGCCACGCACGUGCACAGCCGCCCGCUGCUCCUGGCGCUGCACGGGCCCAGCGGCGUGGGCAAGAGCCACGUGGGCCGCCUGCUGGCGCGCCACUUCCGCGCGGUGCUGGAGGACGGCGCGCUCGUGCUGCAGUACCACGCGCAGCACCACUGCCCCGAGCCGCACGCUGCGCAGGGCUGCCGCGCGGAGCUGGCGCGCCGGGUGGCGGAGGUGGUGGCGCAGGCCGAGGCCGAGGAGAAGACACCGCUUGUGGUGCUGGACGAGGCAGAGCGCCUGCCGCCGGCGCUGCUGGAUGAGCUGCACGGCCUCCUGCAGCCACAGCGCGCGCACCACUUCCACAACGCCAUCUACGUGCUGCUGAGCGGGGUGGGCGGUGCCGAGGUCACACGCUUCGUGCUGCAGAACGCCUCGCGCGCCCCGGCCCCAGGCCCCGAUGACACCGCGGCUGAGGAGGAGCUUCGCGCGCGCCUCCACGCGCUCCUGGUGCGCGAGCACCCGCUGUGGAGCUCUGCAGCCGUCGUGCCCUUCUUGCUGCUGGACAAGCGGGACGUGGUUAGCUGCUUCCGGGACGAGAUGGCGGGGGAGGGCUUCUUCCCGGAGCAGGCUCGAGCUGAGCGCCUGGCGGAUCAGCUCAGCUACUACCAGGUCUCGGGCCGCGAGUUUGCCGUCACAGGCUGCAAGCAGGUGGUGGCCACAGUGAACCUCUUGUAGCGCAGGUGCCGACUCUGGGAUAAGGGCUGUGAGCUGCGGCCAGGGCUUGGUCGCCUGAGGAGCGAGGGAGUGGGUUGGUGGUUGGGCUCCAAGGGGUAGAAGUCCCACUUGUACCUCCACCCCAGAGCUCCCAGAGCAUCCCUGGGGUCGCUGGCAGUCACCUUCCUGUCUUUUUUUCUUUUUCUUUUUCUUUUUCUUUUUUUUUUGUCUUUUUGAGACAGGGUCUUGCUAUGCAG